AUGUUGGUGGUGAUGUCUUUUUGGUGGUGGUUGAGCCCCUUUCAAUGCUUUAGGUUGUGUUGUUGCGGCUGCUGCUACUCACUCUAUAAAUUGGAUCAAUCCAGAAGAAUACUGAUCUAUCUGCAGGCUAUCACCUUCGAAGAACCCUGA